AUGCAGCAGUUGACCUCCACCACCAUUCGGGGAAUCAGAAUUUUCAGUUCUUUACGGCAAAAAGGAAUGUACAAGCGUCCAAAGAGGGAUUGCUUGGAGAAUUGUGAAUACGUCUAUCAUGGCGAUGGUUUAAGACGCGUUCCACCCUAUCAUUACGAAUACAUAACUUUUGCAAAACUUCGCUGGUAUGGAAAAACGCUUUUGGAAGUGUUCAGCACGGAGUUCCGAGACCGUGAGCCAGGAUAUUACGAAAAGGCCAUCCGUGGUGGUCAAGUGAGUGUCAAUCAUAAAGUUGGAAAUGUGGAUACUAUCAUCAACAAUGGUUAUAUAGUCUCACAUCACGCUCACCGUCAUGAACCUCCUGUUUCUGAUCAGCCGGUUGUUAUUGUCCAUGAAGAUGAAAAGUUUGUUGUAGUAGAUAAGCCUGCAGGAAUCCCAGUCCAUCCCACAGGACGUUACAACCACAAUACUGUUCUUCACAUUCUGAUGAAGGAAAACAAAUGUCCUUUUCUAUAUCCUUGCAACCGGCUUGACCGUUUGACGUCUGGGCUGAUGUUUUUUUCAAAAACUUCAAAGGCUGCCGAAGAGAUGCGCGUUUAUAUGAUUAGUAAGGCUUUGAACAAAGAGUACGUCGCCAGAGUGGUUGGGGAAUUCCCUGCCGACAAAGAAAUAACCUGUGACGCACGUCUUCUUACUGUUGCUCCUACUCUCGGACUAAACCGAGUUCACCCAGAUGGGAAAGAAGCUGUUACUGUAUUUCGUAGAAUUGCUUUUGAUGGAAAUACCUCCCUUGUUCAUUGUAAGCCUUUAACUGGAAGAACGCAUCAACUUCGUGUUCAUUUACAAUACCUGGGUCAUCCGAUUGCAAAUGACCCAAUUUAUGCAAAUAGACGAGUCUGGGGCUCAUCCCUUGGAAAAAACGGAGACGGUGAUAAUGCUUCUGUAAUUACGCGUCUUUCUGAAAUUGGUAAGACGGAGACGGCUUCCCCUUUGUUACAGUAUGAAUGGUAUACGAACGAGACACAGGCAGAAGCAAAAGCUCGUAGAGAUAAGCGAAUUGGUGAACUCUUGACUGGUGAACAUUGUGAAGUAUGUGGAUCACCUUUGUAUACCGACCCUAGUCCAGAGGAACUUGGAAUUUGGCUCCAUGCUUUACGCUAUGAGAGCGACGAAUGGUCAUAUAAAACGGAUUAUCCUGUAUGGGCCUUGAAAGUUAGGGAACGAGAUCCAGCUGCGUCUCCUUUACCCUGA